GAAGAGUAGAACAACAAAAAUACCAAAAAGCGAGCGCUAGUUUUCAAAAUUGGGUUUUCGUUCCUAACAAUGCCCUCCAAAAGUUUAUGGCGAUAAAGUUGUUCAGUACAGCAGCUUCGCUAACUUUCCCAAGUCAUCUUCUCCACCGUCCCAUAAUAAACCCUAGAAAAACCUGUUAUACUCUGACCGUACAAAUGUCUUGGGCAUGCAAAAAAUGCACCUUUGUCAACCCCCCAACCCCAUCUCAAAAACCCACUUGCCAAAUCUGCUUAUCACCAUCAUCAUCAUCACCACCCCCAUCACCAGCAUCUUCUUCUAUUCCAAAAUGGCCAUGCAAGGCCUGCACUUUCUUGAACGCUUACAAGAACUCUAACUGUGAAGUCUGUGACACCAGGGCUUCAAUCUCGUCCCUCUCGAGUUUUGAGGAUUUAACCGAUACGGGGCUUGAUGGUGGAGACCUCGAUUCUUCGGUAGGCUCUGUUUUCUUGCCCCUGCAGCGUUGCAAGAGGAAGAGGGUUGAAGACCCAGUUGAGGUUAAUCAGGGUUCUUCCAGUUUCAAUGUGGUUCGAGAGGUCAAGGCGUCCGAUAAGUUGACGACUGUAUCGGGUUCUUCCAGUUUCAAUGUGGUUCGAGAGGUCAAGUCGUCCGAUAAACGGACUUCUGUAUCGGGUUCUUCCAAUUUCGAUGUGUCUGGAGGGGUCAAGGUGCCCGAUAAGGGAAUGAAUGUCUCGGAGGGAACUAGUUUUGGGUCUUCUGGUGUGGGUUUGACGACAUUGAAAAUUCUGAGUUACAAUGUCUGGUUCCGAGAAGAUCUAGAAGUGCACAAGAGAAUGAAAGCUCUUGGUGACCUUAUCCAACAGCACUGCCCAGAUCUCAUUUGCUUUCAGGAGGUCACCCCGAAUAUAUAUGACAUCUUUCGGCAAUCUGGCUGGUGGAAAAUGUAUCAAAGCUCAGUUUCGAACCAGAUGGCAGAUUCAAGACCAUACUUUUGCAUGCAGUUAAGCAAAUUGCGAGUGAAGUCCUUCAGCUGUAAGCCCUUUGGAUACUCUGCAAUGGGGAGAGAACUUUGUGUUGCUGAAGUAGAAGUCCCGGGGGACAAACAUUUGGUUGUUGCCACUAGCCAUCUCGAAAGUCCUUGCCCCGGCCCUCCAAACUGGGAUCAGAUGUACAGUAAAGAACGUGUAGAUCAGGCAAAGGAGGCCCUCAACCUUUUAAACAAGAACCAAAAUGUGAUUUUUUGUGGUGACAUGAACUGGGAUGACAAGUUGGAUGGUCACUUUCCUUUACCCAACAAAUGGAUUGACGCAUGGGAAGAGUUGAGACCAGAGGAAAAUGGAUGGACAUAUGAUACCAAGUCCAACAUGAUGUUGUCUGGCAACCGGAAACUGCAGAAGCGACUAGAUCGAUUUUUGUGUAGUCUGCAUGAUUUUAGAAUGAGUAAAAUUGAACUGAUUGGGAUGGAUGCAAUACCAGGUCUAUCUUAUAUUAAGGAAAAAAAGGUGAGGACCGAGAUCAAGAAGCUGGAGCUCCCUGUUUUGCCUAGUGAUCACUACGGCUUGCUUUUGACAAUCUGUAGCCAGUGAUGUCAGUUUGGUGACAUAAAUGAUAGAGUUUAUCGUGUGUGCACCGACCCUUCUCUUGUGGCCGACUGGCAAUCCUGCCAUGCAUGCCUUGCAUGGUAUUUUGAGUAUAGAUUGCAUAUGAAUAUGAUAUGGAAGUUGGAUUGUUGCGUUUACAUUUUGUAUGAAGUUUCGUGGAUGAAAUAGUUCACUUAAAAUGCAACUCCCAAACUGAAUGGCUUGUAUUUUGUUUAGUAUCUUCAGAUUCUUGUUAUGAACAAUGACUUAUAUAUUUUCUAAUUAAUUCCCCCCUCUCAUAA